AUGGAGGUUACUAUAUCUCGUGGCGCUUCCGAUGGUGGCAUUCCUUUAUUCACUUGCAACACUUGUGGUCUUUCAUUUCCGACUGCUGAUUUACAGCGGCUUCAUAUGAAAACCGAAUGGCAUCGAUAUAAUCUUAAACGCCGUGUUGCGCAGCUUCCGCCUAUAUCAGCCGAGAUUUUUGCCGAAAAGGCUUUACAAAACCAACAAGAAGAAUCAGAUCAUACGAAAAAGGGGAAUCGUGGUGGCAAACGACAAGUCACGAAGAAAGAUAAGCGUCUUGAGGAAAAGCAGAAACGAAGGCUUGCAUCUAAUUUAGCGGCUCAGGAAGCCUUGGAUAGCGCUCGAGAACAGCUUGAUAACAAAAGAAGUAUAGAUUUGGAAAGCGUCGAUUCUUCUACAUUUUCAUUAGGAGAUCCCAUAUCCACAAACAAAACACAAAUUGAUACGGACACCGAAUCGAUCUCCGAGAUCAGUGACACCGAAUCAAGUUAUUCCUUAAAUGAUAAAGAUUUGGAAGACGAGGAAGGUGAUGAUGAAAUUGAUCGGGAAAUCAAAAGACGAUUAAGAAAAAAUAAACCUAUUCCACCGAACGUCUGUUUCAUGACAGGCCGUGUGUUUCCAUCGCCUGAAGAAAAUGCAGAACACCUUCGUAAACAUUUUGGUUUGUUCAUCCCUGAACGCGAAUAUUUAACCGAUUUGACUGGUUUGAUGACAUACUUGGGAGAAAAAAUUGGAUUGGGAAACAUGUGCCUUUACUGUAACUUUGAAUCCAGAUCACUUGAAGCUGUACGUGCUCAUAUGAUUGCUAAACGUCAUAUCAAGAUUCCUUACGAAACGAUGGAUGAAAAACUUGAGAUAUCCGACUUUUAUGACUUUAGAGGUUCAUAUAAGAAGGAAACUAAUGAGACGACUAUUGUCAAGGGCGCAGACGAUGAUGAUGAAUGGGAAGAUGAAUCAGCGUCGGAGUCUGAUGAAGAACUUUCUGAAGGUGAUUAUGAAGAUGCAGCUGUGGUCUUAGAAUCUGGACUGGAGCUCGCAAUGGGCAACCUUCGGGCUGGUCACAGAUCUCUCGCCCGUUACUAUAAACAAAAUCUUCCAUAUAACAUUAUUCCUGAAGACCAAGGAACUCUUAUUGCUGCGGACAGAAGGGCUAAUAAUCUCGUUAAAGAACGUGAUCCUGUUCGUGAAAAAUUAAGAAAGCAAGCUGUGAGAGAACAAAAUAUGUUGCAAAAUCGGGAAAGACGCAGAGAAACUAAAACCGUUAAUUUUCAAACACAUUACCGAGACCAGCUUUUACAGUAG